AUGCCUUUAGCGCAACCCGCUGAGGAGAACCAUUUUCUCCUCAUUCUAGGGAAGCCAGGGGGCGGCAAGGGUACUAUUUCCAAGAAGAUUUUGAAGGACUUUCCCAAGUUCCAUCAUGUAUCCACUGGAGAUGUUCUUCGUCAACACGUCCGUGAGGAUGCUACCCCCUACAUGGAGGAGGGUCAGAGCUUGCUCUUGGAUGGAUUUCCAAGAACUCUGAAACAAGCAAUGGCAUUGGAAGACGUGGUGCACAUUGAUAUGGUUGUCAAUUUGGACAUCCCCACGGACACUAUCGUGGAACGCAUUGCGGACCGCUGGAUCCACCCUGCUUCAGGAAGAGUGUAUUCGUAUUCCUACAAGCCACCAAAGGUCGCGGGAUUUGAUGACGAGACAGGGGAGCCUCUCGUGCAAAGAGACGACGACAAGCCAGAAAGCGUGCGAAAAAGGUUGGAUGCUUACGACCAAGUAACCUCUCCGUUGGUGGACUAUUACGACCAAAAGAACGUCCUCAAAACAUUCACGGGGACCAUGAGUGACGUGAUUUACCCUGAAGUCAAAACCUGGCUGGAAGAGCACGCUUAG